CACACACAUCUUGAACCCAAAAAUUUAAUCUAUCAACAAACCCAGAAAUUAAAUUAUGCUAUGAUCCCAAAAAUUCAAUAUAUUUCAAGCCCAUUAUGUCAAUUGCUACACGUUUCAGGAGUCCAAUUUGUAAAUCAUCAUCUCCACUAAUCAAGAAAUUAGGAAUAGGGUUUUGUCAGAAAAGGUUUAUUAGGGUGUUGACAUGUCAAGAACAAGACUUGGUUAAUGAUGAUAUUGAGUGUGUUAAGAAUAGAAAGUUUGUUGCUUUAUGGGGUAAUGGUGAUUAUGGGAGGUUGGGUUUAGGCAGUUUGGAAUCGAAAUGGAGACCCGCUUUUGUUUCGAGUUUUGGGGAUGGCAGUUUACGUGAGAUUGCGUGUGGCGGUGCUCAUACGUUGUUUUUGACAGAGACUGGAACUGUGUAUGCUGCUGGACUCAAUGACUGUGGACAGUUGGGUGUGGCAGAUGGUAGAGGCUACACAAUUGAUCCAGUUGAAGUUUCUGGACUUCCCGGUAAUAUUGUGAAAAUAUCAGCUGGUUAUUAUCACUCGUCAGCUAUUACAGAAAGUGGUGAACUAUAUGUGUGGGGAAAAAAUACCAGUGGUCAACUUGGGCUUGGAAAGAAGGCAGCAAAGGUGAUUCCAGUCCCAAGUAAAGUGGAUUUCUUGAAUGGAGUCCCAAUUAAGAUGACGGCUUUGGGUUCUGAUCACUCAAUUGCUGUUACAGAAAGUGGUGCGGUCUUAAGUUGGGGAGGAGGAGAAUCAGGAAGACUUGGUCACGGACACAAAUCGAGUCUAUUGGGAUUUUUGAGUUCUACGAGUGAAUACACACCAAGGCUCAUUAAAGAACUUGAAGGGGUCAAGAUUAAAAGUGUCGCUGCUGGGCUGCUGCAUUCAGCAUGCAUUGAUGAAAACGGUUCUGUAUACGUCUUCGGGGAAAAAGAAGUUAAGAAGAUGGUAUCCAGAGAAGGAAGUACUAUCUCAACCCCAUCUAAGAUAGGAGAACUACCAUUUUCUGACGAAGUUGCAUGCGGUGCUCAUCACACGUGUGUCAUCACAAGAGGUGGAGAACUGUAUACGUGGGGCUCCAACGAAAAUGGUUGUCUUGGUCUUGGAGAUAUUCAUGCCGUUCAUGUGCCAGAAAGAGUUCAAGGUGCAUUCCUGAAGCAUUCUGUUUCCAAGGUAUCAUGUGGCUGGAAGCAUACAGCGGCUAUAUCUGAUGGUAAUAUUUAUACUUGGGGAUGGGGUGGUGCUAUGGGCACCUUUUUUGAAGAGGAGCAUUCUUCUGGUGGACAGUUGGGCCUAGGAGAUGAUGUGGAUUAUGUUGAACCUACGAUGGUUGACUUUGGCGAGAAUGUGAAAGCAUUACAGAUCUCCUGUGGGUUUAAUCACACCGGAGCAGUACUCGAAUACAAUUGACUGCAAAUAAAGAAGGAAAUAUGUCUUGUUUUUCUUCAACUUCAAAUUUUGAAUGUACAACUGAGCUGGUGAUGAGCCAUCAGGAAACAGAUGGUCUAUACAAGUACAAAUAGCAGUGAUACACAAUAAGACGUCGAGCAUGUAAUACGACUCCAAAAACUUCAAGUGAAUAAGAAAGGUAUGUAAAUUUCAUAGUGGGAAAAUCUCUGAAAAGCAUAGUGUAUAUGAGGUUCCUAUUUAUUCUAAGAUCAGUCAAUAUGUAAUCUUCAUGUAUUUUGAAUUCGAAGUGUAUAUUGGUAUUUAUUGUAAUGUAAUGUAUUUGUCAAAAGAAAUAUGUACCAUCCUUAAGAAUUCAGAAUUGUAACUAUAAAUCGCUGUUCAUUUGAGAUACUGCCAUCUUUGCAUUAAAAUCGAA